UUUUAUUGUGAAAGUGUAUCCACAUCAUCUGCAUUUUCUACGUAUCAAAAUUUAAAAAUCGAAUGAAAUACCGGUCUGUAAGAAAAAAUAAUCAAAAACCAGAAAAAAUAACCGGCCAAACGAGACGCCCUUAUCCCUCCAUCUCUCUCUUACUCCCGUCCUCAAAUACGUUGUUUACGCGCGACAGGGCGCCACUGGUUCAAGUUCAUGAUUGGGACGUCUGCGUAUUUAAACCAAUUAACCAUAACAUUACCAUCGUCGCAGCGUAAAUUCCACCGCAUGACCAUUUCCCAUCCGACCGCUGGGUAAAUCCUGUUACGAAACCCUAAAAAUAGGGUUAGGUCCUAGCCACACCUACAAUCCCAUUUUUUACGUAAUAGUGCCUUAAUUCGAGCGGCCUUCAUUGCGACGAUAUUAAAAACCUAAAGCUAUAAAGAUACGCCACAACCAAGGUCACCAUCUGGUAUUUGGGUACGUAACAUCCGAACAAAAUGAGCUACGGGUUCCAGCCGCCACCGUACCAAGGGGGGCCGCCCCCACAGCAAGGCUACCCCAGUGCGCCGCCCCCGUACCAAGCGACGCAGCUGUCGUACCCGCCGGGACAGGGAGCGCCUGGAGCACCUGGGGGACAGAGUGCUGUGAUCCGACACCUCACCACUGGGUUGUGUCUGGACGCCACAGAGUACGACGUGAAGUUACAAUAUUACAACGGAAAUCCUGCACAGCUAUGGACAAUGGAACCGGCUGGAGGGAAUAAAUUCGUUCUUAGGUGUAGGGCAAAUGGGGCUGUUUUGGAUAUCGAAGGGGGUCCAGACUGUGGGGCUCACUUAAUCACGUACGAAGGCCACGGCGGCAUUAACCAACAAUGGUAUGUGAAUCCAGAUCACACGAUUACAAGUGCUGCAGCAGAUUUGGCGGUGGAUAUAUUCGAAGGCAACUGUUUUCCCGGACAGAUUCUUAUAGCGUAUGAUAGGCACGGGGGACCCAACCAGCAGUUCAACGUCCAAUACCAGUAGGAAAGCAACGCUUCGAUUCAGAUUCUUGUGUUGGAAAUGUACUCGAUACUUUAUGGUAAAUGGAAAUGUUUGAAGUUGUACUUACGUUUAGGGCCUCUGAAUUUCGUCACAAUCACUUUUUUCGGUUAAUUUGGUUGUUUUGGGGCACUUUUCACAUAAUAUUGAGGCAGUUUUUUUACAAGUGUCAAACUUUAAAAUUCGCGUUUACAGUGGUGCCAAUCGACAAUUUUAUCCUAGAAUUUUACUGUUUUUAGGUUAUUUACAUUUUUGGAUAUAAAUAUGCACAAGAUUGCCUUAGAGAAAUGCUUGUUGUUGUAAUUGUAAGGCGAUAGGUGUCUUAUUGUAAUUAUUAUAUUUGUCAUUUAUUAUAUUGAAAUUUAAAAAAUAUAUGAGGAAUUUUGGUAGCCAUAGGCGGCGAAGUAUAUUUUUACCCUAUGUAUUGAAGGGGUUUCUAAAAUAAAAGCUCUUGCCAGUU